AUGGAGAGUAAGGGGUUCUUUGACUUCGAAGAGGACGAACAUGGGGAGUUGAUGGAGGCGACUGAAGCUGGCAGGGUCAUCGACAUCAAUUUGAAGGGCACCAUGAACACUCUCCGAAUGGCUAUUCAUUCCAUGAAAUCAAACCCACCGGACGCGGACGGUGCACGAGGCUCUAUUGUACUUAUCGCCUCAACGUCCGGAUACUUUGGCGGGACUGGAGUAGUCUCAUACAUCUCUUCUAAGCAUGGCGUAGUUGGCUUAUCACGAGCCUCACAAUCCGUUGCCCGACAGCUAGGCGUCCGCGUCAAUGUUGUUGCACCCUUCUUUACCCCUACGCACAUCACCUCGGGUUACUCAGAGAAGUGGAAAGAGAGUGGUCUACCUGCGAACACAACCGAGGACGUCGCUAUUGCCAUCGUGUCUACAAGCGUGGAUCCUGCAAGACAGGACAUCGAUGGUCGUGUUUUGCCGUACCUCCGAUCGUCGGUAGAGGCAACCGAGGCACUGGACCUCACGGACGACGAAAAUGAGUUCCCGCCCGCAAUCGAAGAAAUGCGACACUCUCUCAAAGCUAUGGCACCAAUACUUUUCCACACGCAGAAACUAAAGAUCACAUACAAACAUGCCUGGCUUACUGUCACGGACCCUGUAUUGAUAUGGAUACGUACCCAAGUCUGCGAUCCUGUGGAAGAGCUGCUAUUGCAAAAGAUUGCGAUAGCUGAAGCUCAGAACAGCGAUGCGAAGUUAUGUCGAUACUACCGCUCCGGGGAAUCGCCUGAAUCAGAGAAAGAAUACGUGGGUACGUGGCCCGAGAGAGAAGCGGUGGGUAUACCUUUGUCUGACCGUGGCUUCGGGCGCACUUCAAUCAAGCUUCUGAUCAAGUAG